CCCCCCAUCGCGUGCGACAUGAGGGAGAAGGGCCGCAGGAAGAAGGGCAGGACCUGGGCAGAGGCCGCCAGGACGGUACUGGAGAAAUACCCCAAUACACCUAUGAGCCAUAAAGAGAUUCUUCAAGUUAUCCAGAAAGAAGGACUGAAAGAAAUCAGAAGUGGGACUUCUCCUCUUGCAUGUCUGAAUGCUAUGCUGCAUACAAACUCCCGAGGGGAAGAGGGCAUUUUCUAUAAGGUCCCAGGGAGAAUGGGAGUUUACACGCUGAAGAAGGAUGUUCCAGACGGAUUAAAAGAGCUGUCUGAUGGCUCAGAAGAGAGCAGUGACGGGCAGUCAGACUCCCAAAGCUCAGAGAACAGCAGCAGCAGCAGUAGUAGCAGUGAUGGUGGCAGUAACAAAGAAAGGAAGAAAAGCAGAUGGAAAAGGAAAGUGCCCUCUAGACUGUCACAGACAUGCUCCCCGCCGUCAGGCUGCCCGUCUCCUUCCAUCCCAGGGGGUAAAGUCAUCUCGCCAUCCCAGAAGCACAGCAAGAAGGCACUCAAACAGGCCCUGAAGCAGCAGCAACAGAAGCAGCAGCAGCAGCAAUGCAGAGCAGGCAUGCCUGUGUCUUCUAACCAGCAUCUUCUACUGAAGACUGUGAAGUCAGCCAGUGACUCCACACCUGCUAAACCUGCUUGGGAAGGAAGGCAGUCAGAUGGACAAUCAAGCAGCCCUCAGAACUCCACCUCCAGCUCCUCUCCCUCUGUGAAGGCUGAUAACUCCCUGCCAGGCUUGGGGAAGAAACCAUUCCAGAGAUCGGACAGACUCCAUGCAAGGCAGCUGAAGAGGACGAAAUGUGCUGAAAUUGAUGUGGAAACACCUGACUCCAUCUUAGUGAACACAAAUCUGCGGGCGCUGAUCAACAAGCACACAUUCUCUGUCCUACCCACAGACUGUCAGCAACGGCUGCUACUGCUGCUCCCAGAGGUGGACAGGCAGGUUGGGGCAGACGGUUUGAUGAAGAUGAGUGGCUCAGCACUCAACAAUGAGUUCUUCACUUCAGCUGCCCAAGGCUGGAAGGAGAGGUUGUCAGAAGGUGAAUUCACCCCAGAAAUGCAACUGAGAAUACGUCAGGAGAUUGAAAAGGAGAAGAAGGUGGAGCUAUGGAAGGAACGAUUCUUUGAGAGUUACUAUGGUCAAAGUUCUGGAAUGAGUCCUGAAGAAUCCAAGAGACUGACAACAUACACCAGCACUCCUGAAACACAGGCCAGGAAUCCACCAGCUGAACAGAUGAAAUGCAUGCCAGUCUCCAAGGCACCACCCAGUAAAGAAGAGAGAACUCCUCUGUCAGAGUCUAAAGCACAAGCAGUGCAGGUACCACCACCAGCAGUGAAAAAAGGAGGAGAGGAAAAAAGAGAAGAUGUGCAUCCCCAAUCAGGCAAACCUGCAGCAUCAGUAAAUUCCUCAGAUAACAAUGCACUGAAACUUAAUGACCAAACUCUCUCUAGGCCUCUGAAGGGUACUGAGGAAUCCAUGCAAGAGAAGCCACAAGCUGCCUCUGGUCAGAAGCCAGAACAAGAAAGACAGCACACUCCAUCCAAGGAUCUGUCAGUAAAGGAGGACACAAGCACCUCAGCCUUGGCCCCAAACAAACCAAAGAGCCCCAAAGCAGGCGAAGCGGUGGCAAGCAUGGCGAGUCAAGUGACUCCACAGGAGACACCUAAAAAGGAACCCCCUGCAACUGAACAAAUGGAUGUCAGUGCUGAGGGCCUCAAGAGGAAGUCAGAGAGUCAGGAAGAAGCACCAAUCAGUCCUGAAAAAAAGCCACGAAUCAUGGACAGCUGCCAGCACCAGCAGUCAUUUCGGACCCAACCACAGUCCUUUCCUGCGGCUGGGGAGGGGGCACAGGGGCGAAAGGUUCCCCCACUCAAGAUUCCUGUCUCCAGAAUCUCCCCGAUGCCAUUUCUUGCUAGCCAGGUCUCUCCCAGGGCUUACUUUCCAACCUCCGUCACCAGUCCGGGAAGAACAGGGGCCAGGACUUUGGCAGACAUCAAAGCAAAAGCCCAGCUGGCCAAGGCCCAGAGGGCAGCUGCUGCAGCAGCAGCAGCCGCCGCUGCUGCCUCCAAUGGGGGAGCCAUCCCAGGGCCUGGUCCAGGAGGGGGAGGAAGAGAGGAGAAGAGUAGUACGGCAACAAAUGGAACCAAUGAAACUGGAAGUAAAGGCAGAGCACUGGAACUGGCAGGAACUGGAAGCGGGGGAAGUACGAGAAGGCCUUUUCCCCAUUGUCCAGGGACCCAUUCCCAAGCGGAGACCCAGGCCACAGAGCGGACAUCACCUCUCAGUGUCUCUAGAGCACAACUACAGCAAACGCCCACAGUGCAAUCCAGAACUGCAACCAGCAACAAAGGCAAAGAUUCAUCAUCACCAGCUCCACCAGCAUUAGAGAAAAUGAACAGAAUAAAAGUGAGCCCUCCAAAUGUGACUGUAAGUCAGGUUUCCAGACCAUCCGUGGUCUCAAGCCACAUAUAUACUCUCAGUAAUGACAGACAAGAGAAAGCACCUUCAGCUCCAGCAGCUCUAAGCCAGAUCUCAGGGGCACCACCUGUCAGGGAUGAAGCAGUCUAUGUCAAUGUAUCCAGAGCAGGUGCUGACAAAAAUGUGACUAAGUCAGCACUUACUGCCACCGAAGAGAUCAGCUUAAGUAUUCCUAAGAGCAAACCUCUUUCCCCUCGGAUGUCUUCGCAGGCAGUGGUAACCUCAGAAACUCAGGCUGCUGUUAUGGUAGCAUCUACUAUCUCUACUCCAUCCUAUAGCACUUUGUCAGUAGCCCCUAGCCUUAAAGUACAUAUAGCUCCCUUGAGCACAAGUGGGCCCCUCCUGAAGACAAGCUCCAGUAUUCCUGCUAACAAUCCCUUGGUCACCCAGCUGCUCCAAGGUAAAGAUGUCCCAAUGGAACUAAUCAUGCCUAAGCCUCUCACCAAAGUAGAAAUGAAAACUGUCCCACUAGCUCCAAAUGAAUCAAAAGGGUCGGCAUUUUCCAGUGCCACAAGCACAGCUGGGAAUGGCUCUGGAGGGGAAAGUGGUGAGAGACAAUCAAAUUUAGCCAUGCAGCAACUUGGAAAGAUAUUUUUCCCAAGCAGGCAGUUGCCCCAUGUUCCAAGGACCUUUCCCCUCUUUUCCGGAAAGGACCUGAGGAGCACUAGUAUCGACCAAUACCAGUGCCAAGAGGCACUCGACAAAGCCACUCAAGAGCAGAUCCUUCAGACUCUUAUCAAGCGGGUCCAGAGGCAGAAUCUAUUCUCAGUCUUGCAGCCUUCACAGCUCAACCUCGUUCACUCAGGUUUCCAGUUAGACAACAGCUCCACCAGUCAGAGAUUCAUGCUGGGUUUCAUGGGCAGGAGGACAUCCAAGCCUGCCAUGUCUGGCCAUUACCUGCUGAAUAUUUCCACCUAUGGUCGCGGGUCGGAGAGUUUCAGGAGAGGUCUGUCCAUGAAUCCUGAGAACCGCUUGUGUCUGAAUGAUCCUUCUGAUGAUCCAAAAAUAGAAUUUGGGGAAUGUGAAGAAAUAGCUGGCAGUGGUAGCAGCAGUGAUGAAGGAGAUGCAGAUGAUGAGAGUACUGGUGAUGAACAUGAACAUAUCAUUGUAAAAGAGGAAUCCCUGGUUUCCCAGGUCUCUGGCCAGCAUGAAAGAGAACAGAGAUCACACAGUGUAAACGCUUCUUCAGAUUGCAAUUUGCCUGUUAGACAGAAUGUAAAGAAGGAGGCCGUCUUAUCUCAGCAAGCAGCAGCCAGCCAGGAGAGUGUUCACCAGUUCCCAGGAGGCCAGGUGUUUGAUGGAACUGCAUUAGCAAGAGAUUUAAUUCAGGCAGCCCAGGAGCAAAUGGCACAUGCUAUGAGGGGAAAAAUGAUGCACAGCAAAGCUGAGGCUUACAGCGCUUCUGCACCAUCUGCAGACUCUGUGUUGCAGCAACCUCCACUGCUUUCCCAUUCGCACCCUCCAAAGCUAUAUGGAAACACUGCAGCACAGCUCAUUGGUCCUAGUUAUAGUGGCACUAUAAAUGUCUCCACCUCUCCCGACGUGAACCAAGGGUCUCUCAUGACUGGGCUAUCCGAGUGCAAUCAGUUGGCCAGUAGCAUGGGGAACGUCAUGUCUUUCUCUGUGACUGUAACCACCAUUCCCGCCAGCCAGGCUAUGAACCCUGGCAACCACAAUCAGACCAUCCCAGUUCAAGCCUUUGGUGAUGACAACAACAUGGAGGAUUCGCCUUCUAAAUGCUACUGCAGGUUGAAAGCCAUGAUCAUGUGCAAGGGUUGUGGUGCCUUCUGCCAUGAUGACUGCAUCGGCCCCUCUAAGCUCUGUGUCUCCUGCCUUGUAGUACGGUAA